UCUGAAUAACCUCAACUGGCAUAAAACAAAAAAAACCUUUAAUCAGAUUUAAUGUAAGACGGUGUGAGAAAUAUAAAAUCUAUUCCUGAAGUCUGAUAACUUACAUGGUCUUUCGUCAAAUGAUUACAGUAUAAUUAUUAUAGGUUCGAAAUGAAGAUACCGUUCAUUACUUUUGCGUUUUAAGAGCAGGUACUGAGAGUGUAAACUCCACACAGAUACUAAAGGUCUUUCACUUGUCGAAUUGUUUCUGUUAUUCCCAUUAUUACCUGCAGGGGGAGACGUAAGGCGAAAUAAAAGGAGCUGAAAGCGAAACCAGGUUUCUUUGAAGCAGGCAACCCGCCUUGUUAGCUCAGAUUUACCAACUAAGCUGCAGAGAAAUGACUUGUGAUCGCAAAAAGGACGAGAUUAUCACAGACAUUACUCUGAUCAUUGAUGAAAAGAUGAUUGGAGACAUAGAUGUUAAAAACUGGAUUAAUGAUAACUGCUGCCCUGAGAAAACUGGUUCCUGCUAUAGAGUGUUCAGUAGAGACUUUAAUAAGGUGCAGCAGCUUGUAAAGCGACUGUCUGGACAUCUUUCCAGUCCUGGAACACAAGGACAGACUGCUCCUCCAAUUCGCUGUGCUGCAACAUGUUCAGUACCUGUGAACAGAGUUGUGAUGGAAUACAUAAAAAAAAAAUAUGAUGAAAAACUAAAGAGAAUUCUAGGUCAUUUUGUCAUUGAGUUCAAAGCAGCAAACAGUGGCCCCCAUAGCACAGUACAGGUUAACUUCAGAGCCCCAAGUGAACCAGCUUACUCUUCUGACAGGGUGCAUCUGGACUUUGUGAGGCAGAGGUUUAUCACUUUCUACCAGAGAACUGCCUCUGAUCUGCAGCUAACAUCUCUUCAUGUGACUCCACAUCGAGCUGAGGAUCUGCAGAGAAAAUUUCCUCUCCUGUUUUUUAAAUCAGGCUCCAGCAAAGACACAGCAGUCUGUGGACCUUUUGCACAUGUGCAAAAACUGAAAGAGUUUAUUUCACAAAAUCCAAAGAGUUCAGGCAACAGUCCAGUUAAAAGGGAUCCAGCAAGAAGUCAAAGCUAUAAAUCAUCUGCUCCUUCACCCAAACUAAGUAAACCUCCUGGCAACGAGAUAUGUCCAAUUUGUAUGGAGCCAAUCCCACCAGAGAAGAAAAAGGCCCUGCAGUGCAUGCAUUCCUUCUGCAAAGACUGUCUCCAAAGAGCCUUUGACUACAAACCUGUUUGUCCUAUCUGUGGGGAGGUGUACGGGACCUUGAAGGGGACACAGCCUGAUGGAGGGACAAUGGACAUCAGGACAUCCUCUGCCUGCUUACCUGGAUAUGAGAGACAUGGAACAUUAGUCAUCCAUUAUCACAUUCCAAGUGGAAUUCAAAAGGAGGAGCAUCCAAACCCUGGUCAACCAUUCGAAGGUGCAUCCCGAACCGCCUACCUUCCAGACUCCUCUGAAGGAAGGAAAGUCCUGGAGCUGCUCAGGAAAGCCUUUAAUCAGAGGCUCAUCUUCACUAUUGGUCGAUCCAGCACCAGUGGCAGGAACAAUAUGGUGACUUGGAAUGAUAUUCACCACAAGACAUCAAUGCAUGGAGGACCAACUUCCUAUGGAUACCCAGAUCCUGAUUACCUCAACCGAGUCCAAGAAGAGCUAAAAGCCAAAGGCAUCAAAUAGGCAUGAAUUUAAGGUCUUGAAAUUGAUUAAAGCAAAGGUAACAUUUUACCAGCAUAGAAAGAGCCAUGUACAAUAACUUCACUGCUUAACAUAUUAAAUAUGUGAUGUAAUUCCAGAAUUGUCAGUAUAUUGACAUUAGUCUUGAAAGUAUUCUGUUAUUUCAACUGCAUUUUGUGCUUUUUUGGAGUCAUUUCUGUUGAUCAAGUUAUUAAUAGAAACUGUACAUCUACACUGUCUUUCCUAAUUAAUUGAAAUGUAUUCAGUCUAAUAUUUCUUAUGAAAUUAUCUUAAAGGACUGGUUCUCCAUCCCAGUCCUCAGGAACCACUACCAUGCAUAUUUCAGGUGUUUCCCUUCUGCCACAUAUCUGACUUGAAUAAGUGGGUGAUUAACAGGCUUCUGGCAUGCAGAAGAGGUCAUGGAGUCAUUUGAAUCAGGUGUUCUGGAACAGAGACGUAUCUAAAACAUGCAGGGCAGAUGGACCAGAAGACCAGGAUUGAGAAACACUCUAAUAAAGCAUGGCAACAUCUUUUCUGGGUUCAAGUCCUUGGCAAGCAAAUCAUAAUACACACAUUCCAAUUAAUCCUAGUUAUCAAACAAUUCAGUCAAGUUCAGGUUAUUAUUCAAAUUAGCUUAAAAAUUAUCUAAGGAAACCCAGAAGAUUGCAUUAAGUCAUUGACUUGCAGCAUUUACUCCCCUUAAAAACAAGCACAUAGCAACAGACGAACGUCACUUGCAUUGAGUCAUGGACCUUUUAGCAAUCCCUCAUUCUCAGCUUGCUCAUAGUAACAGCAGAAAGGAAAACUCUCCUUUAACAGGAAGAAACCUCCAGCAGAACCAGAGCUUAGUGGAAACGGCCAUCUGCCACGACCGCCUAGAGGUUUAAAAUCAUGUUAAAUAUUAGCAAGUGAUAAAAAUAGACCCGAAACAUCUCCUUGUUCAUGCAAGUGAAUACACAUGCCUGGUUAUUUAAAGAUGGGUUUAAUGAUUCAUUUUCAGAUUUUGCAAAUAAAGUCCAUAUUUCAACAUCAGUGGAAAAAUACAUCCAAUAUUGCCUGAAAACAAUGAGGAACACUGCUGGACCAAACAUAAUUCAUCACCUAAAUUUACAAGCCUCCUAUUAGAUUAUUACUGCAUGUGCAAUUAUCUUUCAGCUAGCAACAAGUUAUUUAACUCCAGCUGAUGCAAAGACUAGCUUCUCAUUUGGGCACAUCGAGGAAGCGGAGAGGCAGGUAAACUGAUACCUAGUGCCUACUGUCAUGCCCCAGGAGGCAGCGCUGUGAUCUGGGGUUGCUGCAGUUGGUCAGGUCUGGUAACAUUAUGUGUCCAACGAAUGACUACCUGAAUAUACCAUCAUCAAUGAUUUUUUUUUUUUUCCCUUGAUAACACGACAAGAAUCAUCGGGUUCAAAUUGUGAUUAAAUUUGAAAAUGAUGUCUCAUAGAGCAUGAGACAUCAUUCUUGCACAUAGAUCAGCCUCCACAGAAUCUGGAUCUUAACCAUAUUCAGGGUUUCCCCAGAAAACUUGUUAAGGGGUGUAUUUUGUAUUUUUGUAUUAUGUUGACAGGACAUGUAAAAAUAUUACUGGGUAAUUAUGUUACUGGAAGACAUUGCUAAUAAUGCUUAAACCCACAACUAUAGUCCAGUUUUUUAACUGCCUUUUUGGAUGAUGUAUAAAUUUUGUCUCAAAAUAUGUUUUGGAUGAUGCAUAUAUUUGUGAGCAAAUUGCAGCCCAUGUUUUUUGCGUUUUUGGGUCUGUAGGGGUGUCCAUGAUGGAGCACAGACAUAUGAAGCCCUUCAGCUUUCAGCAUGUGCUUCACUGUGGAAGCUUAAAUCUCACCACUUGCUGGCUCCAAGAUUUGUGGCAGGUCUUUUAAAAUCCAUCAAGGAUUUUUCCUCCACUUCUUUCAAAAAUAUGGUGGCACCCAUUGACAGUUUACUCUUUCUGCCACAAGAUGGCAUUACUACUGUACCUUUAAUUGCAAGGAAAAAAACUGAAUUGAGCCAAGGGAUGCCCAAGUAAUCUUAAUAAAAGUUCUCAUUUAAUUUUAUGCAAUUUAUAUCUGAUGAUUGAUGUUCAUUUGAAAAAAAAAAAAAAUCCAACAAUUACAUUAGAAGCAAAAUUCUUAGAGCGGCAGUAUAUCACAUAGAAUACUUUUAUUGCACAAUCAAGUAAUUAUGUUACCUGCAAUUGUAAUAAAAAUGCUGUAUAUAUCAAAUAUGACUUAAAAGAAACUUGACUUCGUGACUUGAGAUCGGGCCUCCGUCUCUAAGAAAAUUCCACUCUUUCCAACACUCCAUCAGCUUUGCACUGAGAAGUAGCUUGUAUAAUGAGCUCAGCAGAUGCGCAGUUUCAACAGUUGUUCGGUAAUUAGUGCUAGCUAGUCUGAAGGAGCUGAUGGGGGAGCCCAGGGGAGGAAUGCUCUGUGAGGUGGAAGCUUGGAAAUUGCUGCUCAGAGGAGGAGUUAAGUCCACUCAGGCAUUUUACGCAGUUGAAUAGUUGCCAUAGGAGAUUUAAGAAUUUCUCUAACAUGCAUGAAACAAUCAAAACAACACACCAGGUAUGUUUUUGAUGAGGGAAUAACAUAACAUGAUGUAAAACUCAAAAGUACAUUUUACAUAAUAAUGCCUCUAAUUCUCCGGGUUUACCCACAGUAAGCACAUAAUCUUACUUUCAAUGACCACUGCAGACUAAUUCAACACCUUGAAAUAGAACUUAGCAAAUAAGGUGUCAUCUCAGACACCUGAUGCAACUAAUUGAGGGAUUUAUUAGACGCAUGAAUUAUUUGAGAUAGAACAACCUGCAGUGGAAACUAACGUUUCAUUCAUCCACUAUUCUAAAUAUGAUUUAUACUUCUGUAAAUAUAGCAUACUUGUAUCCAUUGGUGCCACAUGCUCGAAUUCAUGUGGCACUAAUUAUCUUCUGUACAUAAGAUUUGUUUGAUAGAAACUCCCAAGAUCCAAGACAAACACAUUAAAAAUUUUAUUAAGAAAACAUCUUCCAUUAUCUUAAAUUCUGCAACUCUGUGAAUUUAACACAGAAAAGUGUUGAUCAACACAAUGAGCUUGGUGAUAAAAAAAAAACUAGGACCAAGUGAUAGUUUAUGGUAAAAGGGAUUAAACAAACUAAAGAAGCCUCUUUGUUUACAAUUUCAAACAAUAAAACCAAUCUGAGUUACGUCAGAAUUAUCUGAACAUCAAAUACCCUGCAUAAUUAACCCCUGUUCCAGUUAGAACUGAGUAUUUCACUAGCUAAGCUAACCCCUGAAGAUCUUAUAGAUUUUGCCAAGACAAGUCUAAAACUAGACUAGGUUUACUGAAUCUGUAUGUUUAAGCUACAACUGUACAAAAAGAAAGCAGUUUCAUGUUUGGGAGCUCGAGUACAUUUUUUCAAGUGAAGCUUUGAUUAAUCAUCAACUAGCUAGACCUAUUACUGUCCUGAUCAAGAAUUAAGGUUCAGACUUAUCAGUUGGACACAUGCCAACACUUGAAAGAUUAGUUGAACCAGAUCAAGUCGUCAGUACAAUAGAUUCGUUGUACUGACAACAAAUCUAUUGGACAUCAUCACAAAUUCAUUUGUCUGCAGGAUGACUGUAUAACUUGUAUGACAAAAACAGUUUACUUUCUACAUCCAGAAAAGAUUAUACACAUAAUCAUUCCUUAAUGCAUUUUUCAUUUCUGCUGACUGCAGACUGUAUUGUACCUAAAACAAUAAAGAGACAAAAUAUUAACCAUUCUUAAAGCAGUGAUUGAUUAAAGUUUUUAUUUCUGGCAUUACUAUUUUGAGGUGAAUUAAACAAUCUCCUUCCUAUAAGAAGGUCAGCUGUUGCUUUAGUCAGACCUGGGAUUUGAGUCAAUAUGUACUCUUAGCACUGUUCCUCCUAACACUGAACAAGAAAAGCAGCACAUAUAUUGACUAAGUGUUGGCCUUCAUGCUCUCUCCUUCAGGCUACAGUUCUAGCAGCUGUCGCACUGGGUUGUUUGAGGCAACACCAACAUUAAAUAAUUUCUUAUUGCCAAUACACUGAGAUCAGGACAGAACACUUAGUUUGGAUCUUGCCAUAUUGUCUGCUUUCUUGUUCCUGUUGUGAAACGAGUGGAAAUACGGAUGUUGCAUACUUGCAGCAUAAUAUCGUUUGGUCCAACAGCAUCAUCAAAUAACUUUCUACACUGCUCUUACAUGGAUAUGUCCAUUCAUCUCAGACUUGGUCACUGUAUUCUUACAUUUGCCAAACUGUUCUAUUAACAUAUUAAGAGACAAAAAAGUCAAGAUAUUGGUUUCAUAAACAAUUUCAUUCAACUUUCUGAUAGACUUUUAGCAAAGUGAUAAGUGAAAUAGCAAUUUCAGAUUUGGAGCAUAUUAUUGGUCCACAAGAACAGUUACCUGGAAGG